CCCCCCUCCCAUCUCGCGCCUUCCCUCUUGUCUCUCCUCGAACUGCUAGCCGUCGGUGUGUGUUGUUGUUGAAGCAAUGAUGGCGGCAGCGGGAUGCGGAUCAGCAACCGCGGCUGCCGUAGGAGGCCAAGGUGGAACCGCUACGGCCAGAGGUCGUUUCCCCGGUCGGCCUUGGUCGUCACGCAGUCGUUUGCGCUCCGAGAAGCGAUGGCAACUCGGACGAUCAGGCUUAGAAGCUGAUGAUGUGACUAACGGAGGGCCAAGGCCCGCAAACCUGGUUCUAUCGUUAAACGAAGACCAGUCCCACUUACGCUUGCUUGGGAUAGAGGCGAGCCACAAGACCCUUGGCCAGGCUGGAUACAGCUCUAGUGGGAGUGAAGAGGUGAGGUCCCAAACCGAACCAGGAGGAGAUGACUUCAGAGGAUUUGAAGCAGAGAGAAAAGGCUCCAAAGGAGGUGUAUAUUCACGACAAAACCCUUCCAAAGGUGAUGCUGUCAACACAAAGUCUAAACGACAAAGUGAGAAGUUACCGCUUAAAACGCCAGCAGUGGAUGCAGCUAUCACCCCACCUGAUCCUGUAAAAGAUGUAAAAUCUUUGGAGGGAAUACACAGCGUAUCUCCUGAAACGGAGCCUGCAAAGGAUUGCAGGAAAGGAUCGAAAGGAAAAAACACUAUGGAUCGACAGUCGAUUAAAAGCAGAGCCUCAUCGGCAGCACCGAGGAUUACUAUAAAGUUGGUGGCCAAAAAGAAAAUAAAAACCAUCAAGGAGCCUAAUAAAAAAUCUGGAAAGAAGUUGAAGAUGAAAGGAAUUCAGGAUCAGCCUCAGCCUGUAUUGGACAUUCAGGGUGACCAGAUUUCAAGUGCUCAUGUCAAAUUAAAAACUGAACCACAUGAGGAUAAACAUGACACAGAGGACAAGGGAGGGGGGACUGUACCUGCAAGAAGACGUGGAAGAUCUGCUUCAAAGACGGAGCCUGUCUGCCAGACAAGCGUCAAAGCUAUGGUUGAUGACCAAAAAUCAAAAGAGAUAAAAUCAGCUGAUCUACUCAACCCUGUAAAGGAGAGCGGGACGGUAGAGCCAAAAACGCUUGUAAAGAAAUCCAAGCAUAAGGAAAGUGUGACAGAGCAAAGUUCUGAAGUUAGUCAACAGGUGAUUCGAAGGAGCAACAGAGUCACUUGCCCGUUCUCUAAAAAAGCUUCAGAUAGUGCAGCUGAACCAGAAACUCUGAGUAAAAGUGAUGCCCUUUUGGCGGAGUCAAAACCAGAAGUUUCGAAAACGGUGGAGGCUAAGCCAUCAGCGAGAAGUGACAGGCGAAGGCAAAGCAAGAGGCUGAAUAAGGAUACCAUAGCACCAGAAAUCCACGGUCCAUCACCCACAGAGACUGAUAAUUUGGCUGCAAAACCCAGUGACAAUUUGUCUUUGAAAAAAGAGGAAAUGAGGGUCCCAAGUUUAAAGCUUAAAAAGAUCAGAAAUCCAAAAUAUGAUGCUCCACCCAGUGCGAAAAAGUCCACUCGAAAAAAGAAAGUGAAAAAAUUUGUCUGGACUUUAACAUUAGAGAAAGGAGUGACUCAGACACGGAGUACAGAAAAAACUGUCAAAGUUAUCGAGAAGACUUCGAGAGAAGUGGACCAGUCCACCUCUUGUGACACCAGUGACAACAGGAGUUUGACGGGGGUGGAUAAAAUAUCAAAACUGGAUGAUUUGGCCCCGCAAGAGAGUAAAAGCAUGGACCAAAAUGAGAAGGAUUCCCAAAACAUAGCUGAGGUGUCAUUUGAGGAAAAGUCCACAUUACAGGUGGAAGUUGAGGUGCAACACUUGAAUGAAACGCCUCCACAAGAAAUUGCAAAAAUGGAUUGUGGCAAAGUCCCACCUCUUCAGAUCAAAAAGGUCUCCUCUCCUGGUAAACACAAAAGCUCAAAGCCCUCCUUUUUAAUUCAGCAAGUUAGUCCAGUGCCUGAAAAGAAAGAUGAUGUUCCAAAAGAUCUCAUUGAAGUUACUGAUGAUAAGUCAUCAUGUCCGGAUACUGAAGUCACGCCAACUAGGAGACUAAGGAGGAGAACUUCAAGCUUGGAUUCACCACAGACAAAGUCUGUCAGCCAGAAGCCAGUGACCACCGCAAAACGGAGGAUAAGAGUGAGUCCAAAGGUUGAAGAAACUCUGCAGGUGCAUGUUGAAGAUUCUUCUCAGGCGUCAACUGAAGAUUCCAGCUCAAAUGGUCUUCCUAAAAACUCUUGUCAGGUUUUGGCUGAGGAGCCCUCACAGGCGAUCAGUGUAAACUCCGCCGAAGUUCUUGAAAAGGAUUGCUCAGAGAUUGCUGGCGAACCUGUACAGGUGCCAGGUGAAGUUUCUCAGCAGAAGGUGGAGAAUGAGGUGGGGAAUGAGGUGGAGAAUGAGGUGGGGAAUGAGGUGGAGAAUGAGGUAGAACCACAGAUCAAAGAGGCCAAACCAGUGCCUGUGCCUUCCAAACCUAGAAGAUGUAGAAAUAAUAAAUUGGGGAAAAAGAGGUCUGUACAGAGGAAGAAGGCUGUUGUCUCUCCUGAAACUGCUGUCAAUGCAGAGUUAGCUACAGCUGAAGCAACUAUCACAGAGGCUGUACUGAAGGAAGAUACUCAGCCUGUAGUAACAGAGGUAGCUCAGUCAGAAACAAAAGACUGCACACAGCCUGGGGUCGAACAGGACACUGUGUCAGUGGAAGAACAGCAGAUACAGCCACUGGUAAAAGAGGAAACAGACAUUCAGAUGAUAGACAGUCAACAAUCGGUACUAUCAGAAAGUCAAGCCAGUGAUCCAAUAACACCGUGCCUACAGAAGAAGUCUCACAAAAAAAUGAAAAAGAAGCGCAAGAGUUUGAUUGGGCAGCGUCCGAAACACAGGCACAGGAGCAGAGAUGGGAAGUUUGCUCCACUUAGGUUAUCUGAAAAUAGUCCGAAUCCCAUUGAGGAGGAGUGUGAUAUCUCCACCCCACUGGCAGCUACCACACCAGCCCCAAGCUCCAAACUUAUUGGUAUUCAUAAAAAGCAUAAAAAGAAACAGUCAGAUCUUCAGUUGUUUGGGACUAAAAGGCCAAAAACGCAAGCUAAAAUCAUCUCCCAGCUGAUAGAAAUUGAGCUUGAGAAAGAUAGUUUGAAGCAGGAAGAAACGGACACACUUGUCGAUGGCGCGCAAGCAGAUGUUGUAGAUGCCCAGCCUGGAAAAUCAAAGUUUGUAAAAAACAUCAAGCACUUCAUUAUGCCUGUUGUAAGUGCAAGAUCCUCACGAGUGAUCAAGACCCCACAGAGGUUUAUGGAUGACGCUGGAAUGUCGGUAUUACCUCGAAGAAACUCUCCAAAGAAGGGUUUACAACUGGGCUUGCAAAUUCGUCCAGCGAAGAGGCGAGAUGAAGGGACAGGCAGAGCAAUAUCUCCCAUCCUGCCAAUUGAUGAGGAGGACAUAUUGAGUGAAGCUCAGUUGGAUGUUGAUCUGUUUUCAGCUCAGGACCUAGAUGAGAACCUCGACAUCGCUGAUAGUCUCUUCUCUGAGAGAAAAAGUGGCAAAAUUGAGAAGAAGUCUCUUCUGAAGAACUCUAACUUCAAGUGGCAUGUGCCAGAAGAGUCAAACGAGGAAGCGUAUACACUGAACAAAUCUCCAGAGAGCAAAUGUGAGGAUCUGUUUUUAUCUACACCAGUUGAUAAGCCCACAGAACCAUCUACUGAUCUACUGGAUGCACAGAAAAGGAAAAGUUCCCCAAAGUUUAACAAACAAGCAGCUCACCUCAAGAUUUAUCAAAGGCUAAAGAAGGCACACAUUGGAUUCCCCAAGAGCAAAACCACAGCAGAGAUGGAUUGUAUCAGUAAACCUCCUCAGCCUCCUGUUGAUUUAGCAGAAGGACUCGAUGAUGAGGCCAUGAGCAUAAGCCUUAGGCAGCGGACUACAACUGCAGAGAAGGACAAAUCCAAGCUCAAGAUAGAAGACCUCGAUUCUCCUGGAGUGGUGAGAAAAGUUUCUGUGUGCGUUAGGACUAUGAACUCCAAGUCCUCUGUGUUUCAGCACGGUAAAGAGGACUUGGCAGGGAAAGACACAGUCCAGCUUCACUCAGGAGAGCUGCAGCCACAACAGAACUCAGGCGAUUAUCUUGGAUCUCUGGAGAAGGGAGCUUCACAAAGAGCACGCCUCACUGGUGCAAAUAAAAGAAUGUUCAAUCUCCUCAGGAAAGCCAAGGUCCAGCUAAUUAAGAUUGACCAGCAGAAACAGCUUAAGUCGUCAGGGCUGUUAUCUGGCCCAGCUGGUGCCAGGUCUCGAGAUGUGUCCUCCAAGAGACAAAGGAGGAAGCAGAGAGCUCAGCUUGAUGCUGAUGUUCCAGUCAAGACCGAACCACCACAAGGACAACCGCAGCUCUUCUCCCCGCUGUGCCAGGAGUUCCGUAGAGCAGGAGGUCCGCGUAUCAAGCAUGUGUGUCGUGCUGCCUCUGUGGUGCUGGGGCAGCCUCGAGCUUUGGUGCCAGAUGACAUUCCCAGGCUUAGCGCCUUGCCUCUUCAUGAAAGAACUGGCAUUUCCCCUUCAGACACCACUAAAGAUGUUGGGUCUCCCUCUGAAUCAGACAGUCCUGGGCUGUCAGAUCCAAAGGUCACCAAGGUCAAGAAACCGUCGAAUUUUGUGAAACGGAAAGGACUUGGGCCAUUUGGUUAUCGCUCGCGAAGGUGCGGUGUAUGCAAAGGCUGCAACCACGAGGACGAUUGCGGCAAAUGCAUGAACUGCCUCGACAAGCCCAAAUUUGGCGGUCCCAAUACCAAACGGCAGUGUUGUGUGUAUAAGAGAUGUGAUCAAAUUGAAGAGAGAAAGGCACGCAGACUUAGUGGAAGAGCAGCACCAAAAGGUGCCUCUAAGAGACGGCGGUCCUCACUCAGCGGGGGUCAUUCGAGCAAUGACGAAGGGAACGAGGUUGCUGCGGACUCGCCAUCUGGUCUCCAUGGUGACAGCCACAGUCCGUCUGUUAGGAAGCAGCCGAAGCGCGUUGUGAAACCACGUGUCUACUUUGAUCUAGUCGACUACGACUCCGAUCUAGAUGACAAAGCUUUCCAGAGUUCUGCCUCACCAGCCAGGAGAAGGGGUGCCGGACCUCGUUUCAGUGACGACUUCGUGUCACUGGAUGGAUUCCUUGGAGACAUUUCUGAUGAUGAAGUCAGGCAUCGAAAGUCCAGUUCACACCGUGUACCAAGUAAUCGACGUAAACCUGAGAAGGGUCCUUUGGAGCAGACUCCUCCCAGUGUCCUGGCUGCCCUGGCCCAUGGAUUUGAGCAGAGAGAAGUCGAGUGUUCGAAACCUACUCACAAAAUCAGGGUCGACUUCAAGGAGGAUUGUAAUUUGGAGAAUGUCUGGAAUAUGGGUGGUUUGAGUAUAUUAACCUCUGAACCGCUCAUGCCACCCUAUGUCUGCUUCCUUUGUGCCAGUAAAGGGCAACAUGAGAUGCUGUAUUGCCAAGUAUGCUGUGAGCCUUUCCACCAGUUUUGCCUUGAUCCAAUGGAGCGCCCCUCUGAAGAAAACAAGGAAAACUGGUGCUGUCGCCGCUGCAAGUUUUGCCAUGUGUGCGGCAGGAAAAACAAGCAGUCAAAGCCAUUGUUGGAGUGCGAACGAUGCCAGAACUGUUAUCAUGCUUCCUGUCUGGGACCCAACUAUCCAAAACAAAACAAGAAGAGGAAAUCUUGGGUUUGUAUGACAUGCAUCAGGUGUAAAAGUUGUAGUGUCACACCGGGAAAGUGUUGGGACACUGACUGGAACCACGACAAAGGACUCUGUCCAGACUGUUCAAAACUGUAUGAGCUAGGUAACUACUGUCCAAUCUGCUUCAAGUGCUAUGAAGAUAAUGACUAUGACAGUCAGAUGAUGCAAUGUGGCACCUGUAACCACUGGGUGCAUGCCAAGUGUGAGGAUCUAACAGAUGAGCUGUAUGAGAUCCUGUCCAGCCUGCCCGAGAGUGUAGUGUACUCUUGUCGGCCGUGCAGUGUGACCCAGCCCAGUGCCUGGAGAGAGCUGCUCUACAUUGAGCUCAGGGCUGGGGUGGAAAAGGUGCUGGCCUGCUUGCUUUCCUCCACCCUCACCCAGCAUCUUGUUACCUGCUCACAGUGUGAGAAGUCGAUUGAUCCCGACAGUGGGAUUGAAGGACAGCCAGCCUGUGACCUCCGAGCUGUAGGCAAGAAGUUUGACAAAGGCCUUUAUACCACGUUGAAAAUGUUCCAUGAAGAUGUGGUUCAGGUGGUGCGAAAGAGGCUUGAGCAAGAGGAGGAUCUUCCAGAGGAUAAGAGACCCACUGCCCUGGCUCGCUCUUACUACUUAAAGCUCCUCGAGGAGGUAUUUAAUUGGUUCAACAGCCAAGACCCAAAGGUGUGGAACCCUUGUACCAAAGACUUGCCCAUGGGGAUGCUGUCCAAUGCUGUUCAUCCACCAACAAUGGAGCAUGUUUAUGCCCAGUGGCAGGAGAGAGAGGAGCUCUUGUCCAUGGCUCCGCUGGGGCUCCUGCAGGAGGACAAUGGACAAAGCUUCGAUUUAAAGGAAGAGGAGGCAGUUUCUCCGAUGUCUGGGGAGCUAACAAGCCGAAACCACUUCAAAACCAGCAGGGCUGUCAGGCUCAAAUUCAAAGGGAAAAGGGGACGGCUGUCAAAAGCUGAUUUUGACACUGGAUGGUCUAAGGAUGAUGAGAGACAGUGCUCUUUGUGCCAAAAAUAUGGAGAUCUUAAACCUAAUGAAGCAGGCAGGUUGCUGUUCUUGGGCCAGAAUGAAUGGGCACAUGUCAACUGCUGUCUGUGGUCAGCUGAGGUGUUUGAGGAAGAUAAUGGCUCUCUACUACAUGUACACAGUGCCGUUACCAGGGGCCGCCUGAUGCGGUGUGAACGCUGCAACCAGACGGGUGCCACAGUGGGCUGCUGCCUGACAUCUUGUCAAAGCAACUAUCACUUCAUGUGUGCCCGCUCCCGUCACUGUGUCUUCCAGGAUGAUAAGAAGGUGUACUGCUACAAACACCGGCAUCUCAUCAGUGGCACUAUGGUAACUGGUCAAGAAUUCGAAGUAAAUCGCAGAGUGUACGUGGAUUUUGAGGGCAUUAGCCUCCGCAGAAAGUUCUUGACUGGACUGGAACCACAAUUAAUCAACGUGAUGAUCGGUUCCUUACAGAUAGACAGACUGGGUGUGUUGACGGAACUUUCAGCCAGCAAAGGAAAACUGUAUCCUGUGGGUUUUCAGUGCUCUCGUUGGUACUGGAGUACAGUAAAUCCAUUGCGCCGUUGCAAAUACACAUGUACAGUCCGGGAGGUCCGACCUGUUCUCCCUGAAAAGCCUGUGGAGGAGAUGCCUAACCAAGGAGACAAUCACACGAUUGCUCACAGCCCCUGUCCACUCCCUGAGUCUGAAGCCCAAGAGACUGAUAUACCAGAACCUCAACCCCCAGUGGAUGAAUCCUUUGUCCCUGGACCUCCCCUCAAGUCGGAUCACGGUGUAAGGCCAAAGAUUCCCAGCUAUCCUCAAGCCAGACGACCAGCUGGAGGGAUGUCCCGACCUCUGCCAUCCCCAGGGCUAGGCCAGCUGAAACCCCACCACAUAUUAACCAUAAGCGAUCUGGAGGAGACUCGAAGAGUUCGUCGCCACAACCCACAAUCACAGACAACAGGCCCCCGCAGUCACAUGCCCCCCCCUCCUCUGGGCCCUCUGACUGGACCAAUCACCCUCCGUGCUGGAAAAUCCUCCGUUCCAACUUCCCCCCUGUUCCCACUCGGUGCUUCAGACAACCUGAUAAAUUCCACAUCAUCCCGCCUAGUUGGAGGCAGAAGUGCUUCCUCAGUCCGAUGCCCUGGGAACACCAUGACCCAUUGUACUUCAUCUUUCUUUCCUCAGUCUACCUGGCAAGAUAGUGCAGGCACCUUUCCCUCUCCAAGUCUGUCUUUCUCUCCAUCUGUACAUCUACCCAGACCUCGCUUGUCAUUUGAUCUCAGCCAGUCAGACUCAGUCGAGGUGCCGCAUAACUUCUUAGCUUCACCAGAACCUGAGGAUGUCUCUCCAGCAAAUGGUACAUCACCACAGGGGGAUUUAGACCAACAGAAGGGUGAGGAAGAAUUUCCCUACAGUUCAUUUCACAAGGAUCCCAACUUGAGUCUUGGCCAAGAGAUGAGAGCAGAGCUGGAGAUUGAAGAGACACUCCUGAAUGAAGGUGUGGCUAUGAACUGUGAGGGGCAGAUAGUGGUGGAAGGUGACGAUCAGGAGGAAUUUUGGGGAAGAACCCAAGAGGUAAACAAGAGGAAGACCCUUGUUGCCAACCUGCCACGGUCUGCAGCCUCAGCCAGGGAUGACUUAGGCAAUACCUCAUCUGAUGAUGAUAUGGAGCACUAUUUUGACUUCUCACGGACAAUAGUUAGCUGUCCCUCAUCAAAAGAUCGUUCCAAGUCUCCCUCCUCCCCUUCCUCGCGGCCUAUGGCUCAGCUUGAUGGUGUAGACGACGGCACAGAGAGUGAUGCAAGUAUAGCAAACAACGAUGGUCAGAAAGUUGAGGGUUCUCGUCGAGGUCAGAUGCAAGCCAAAAACCUAAACAAUAAAAAUGUCACUGAAUCAGAAACUGCAAACAACUCCGAGGCGGUUCAGAGUCCAUUACCCGAAACAUCAUCCAAGGAUAAGCACACAGAUUCAUCAUCAGUCACCAUCUCAGCUGCCAGCAGAAGAGCUACAGAUAGUUCAACUCCUGAUCCGCCUAAAUCCUAUGAUGCCAAUCCAUUGAAGACGGACAAUAUGGGAUCCAUUUCUUCACACAUUUCCAGAAACUCUCCACUCAAAGAGCAAAGCUCUGACACUCCUUUGUUAAAUCAGGAGACCGUGCUUCCUACUCCAGUUCAUGAUACUCUGCCUAAUUUACUCACAAAGGUGCCUGAGAUCUCUUAUUCAGAGGACUUACUCCAGAGUUCCAGUUUAGGUUUUGCCUCUGGGACACCUCUUGUUCUUGAGAGAUGUGACCCAAGUCCACAUUUAUCUGAAAUGGUUCCUUUGCUCGAAGGCACACAGUCUGAAGCCAGUAAACCCCUGAACUCAGAGCCUGACAGCAGCCAUUUUGUAUCAUCAACUGAGGGGUCUGCCGUUUUGAUGAACCAUUUAACAGCUGAUGCAAUGGAUCCCUCAUUAGCUAAUUCUGCUAAUAACAGUCAGGGUACUCUGCUGGAUCUUCUUCAGCCCUCCCCUUUAAUUCCUGCAGGUGUGCAGAACUCCUCUCAAGGCCUUGUAGACUCCCUGCAGAUGUAUUCCUGUCUACCAGGUUUCAGUCAGCCUCCCCUAACAAGUAUCACACUUCAGCCAGUAACCUCCACGCAAGACACAACAACCUUUUCAUCCAUGGAGCCUUUGGCUACAAAACUAACCACACUCAGUCCUGUUGAAGAUGUGACGCAAACACUGUUAAAUGUGGCCACUCAAAGCGAUCAAGCAUUAUCAGUUACGUCAGGCACUUGUCCCCCAGCAGGAACUAGUAGAACAGUCACUCUACCCAUCUACUCCACACAAACACAGCCAGCGGGUUCAACAGCUGUCACCAUUGUUUCUUCCUCUGCACCAGUAUCAUCUCUUUCUGGACUGACAACGCAGUGUUCAGCUCCUCCAACACUAGUCCACACAACCUCAGCCCCCAUGAUCGUAAAUGGUUACAGCUCUUCAUCUGUGCAGAAGGAAGCUGCACCUGGCCACACAAUCUCCAUCAACUUUUCUACACCCCGGCCAGCUUUAGAACCACAACACCCAGUGGUUCCCCAGGCUUUACCUGGACAUGCCAUUCUGACUGUGAAGGAGGUUGGAGGUCCAAAUGUGGAUCCAACACCACAUGUCCUGCUGGUGAACCGUCUCGGGCAGAUCUUUGUGAAGAACCCAGAAAGUAACACUUUUCAGCUGCCCACUCCCACCUCCCCCUCUUACAACUGUGUCACUCAGAUUGCUAGCCUUUUGCAAAGCAAUGCACUGUCAGCCACUCUAGCAGCAGCUGGUAAUAUGACUCCUCCACCCGCCGUGGCCAACAUAGCAACAGUAGCUCCUCCAGCAGUUACACCCGCAGCUCAGAAUACUACCACAAUUACACAGCUGCUCACUCACAAUAACAACGGGGCAGUGGCAUCAGUUAAUGUGAAGAAGCCAAGGAAGACUGCAAAAACAUCAAAAAAUGAAACUGUCCCAGAGUCGAAAAAAUCUAAGAAAAAGAAGGAAUCAAGUGCAUCCAAAAAAUCCAAGUCCUCCAAGGCCUCAGGGCAGCCUGCUCCAUCAGCUGAGAAUCCUCCCAUGACUCCUGCUGAAAGUGCACAAGCAAUUAUCAACCAAGCCAUGGCAAGUAACUACACCCCCAAGUGGAGUGGGCUUCGAACACUAAGCCCUUCCUCACUGGUUUUGCCACCUGGCCUACUAAUUGAACCAGAACCCCCAGCAUUGCCUCGCUCUCCAUCACCAACACCAGCUCCGGCUCCGGCUCUGGCUCCAACCCCGGCUCCGGCCCCGGCUCUGGCUCCAGCUCCUGCACCCCGCCCUCGCUCCCACGUCCGGAUGAAGAGAGUGUCUUCACUUUCAGACCGUAUCGUCACCAAGAAGUGUAAAGUUGACUUCAUACAACCGGAGCCCAUGAUCGAGGAGGAGAAGGUUCGCAGGCCUACCUUUGCAAGCAUCUCCAGCAGGGCGUCUGGAGUACGCAUAAAGACCCCAACAGUGAAAGGAGUGCUGAACCUGGACGAGUUAAAGGAGGAGCAUAUAAGCGAUACUGAUAGCUCAGGAUCAGAGCCUUGGGAUUAUAUGUCUCGGGGCGAACAAGGCAAACCUCAUGCUUGGGAACCAGUGGGACACAGCACCCUGACUGACUGGAAGAAAUACUCAGGCGCUGAUUCCACUUCAGAUGAUGAACCACCACCAUCUGAUGAGGAUGAGGAAUGUCCAACAAACAGAGAACAGCCACACUUGAAAUUCGAGAUAGCCAGCGAUGAUGGUUUCAGUGUUGAGGCAGACAGUAUUGAGGUGGCUUGGAAAGCAGUGAUAGAUGGGGUGCAGGAGGCACGAGCUAUAGCAAGGUUGAGACCUCUGACCUUUCAGAGGAUCACCGGUGCCCGUAUGCUGGGUCUGGUCCAUGAUGCUGUUGUGUUCUUGUUGGAGCAACUUGAAGGUGCCCAUCGCUGUCAAAGGCAUGCCUUCCGUUUCUUCAAGCAGUUCAGCCAGGAGGAUGAUCUUCCUGUCAAUCCCAGUGGCUGUGCGCGCUCUGAGCUGUACCUUCGGAAGUCCACAUUUGACAUCUUUAAUUUCCUGGCUUCUCAGCAUAGACAGCUUCCUGACAUUGGACCUUAUGAUGAUGAGGAAGAUGAGGUUCUUUUGAAGUCCACAAGACGGGCCACUAGUUUGGAGUUGCCCAUGGCCAUGCGCUUCAGACAUCUGGAAAGGACUUCCAAGGAGGCUGUGGGCGUGUACAGGUCUGCCAUCCACGGGCGUGGUCUUUUCUGCAAGAGGAACAUUGAAGCAGGGGAGAUGGUUAUUGAGUAUGCAGGCAUCGUCAUUCGCGCAGUGCUCACUGAUAAAAGGGAGAAGUACUAUGACGGCAAGGGUAUUGGCUGUUACAUGUUCCGCAUUGAUGACUUUGAUGUGGUGGAUGCAACCAUGCACGGCAACGCAGCAAGAUUCAUCAACCACUCCUGUGAACCCAACUGCUACUCGCGAGUGAUCAACGUGGAGGGCCGGAAGCACAUCGUUAUCUUUGCUCUUCGGAAGAUCUACAGAGGGGAGGAGCUUACUUACGACUACAAGUUCCCCAUUGAAGAUGCCAGCAACAAACUCAAUUGUAACUGUGGGGCCCGGCGCUGCCGCCGUUUCCUCAACUGAGGCAUCCCUCGUAUGAAAAGGAGAGGAUCCUGUUUACUAGUAGGCCUUAACUUAAGGUGGCACUGGAUUGGGCCUGGGGAGGACAUGGGCAAGUCCGCACAGCAGGGGAAUUAGCCACUAUGAGACCGGUCAGGAAUAUUUGGCGGUUCAGGAGUGAUAUGUGUGGACAUUUUAUCGAUUUGGAGUAGAAGAAGAAGAACCUGCACAGAAAAUGCAUUCUUUCUGAAAAGUUUCUUGCCUGAUAUAAGUUCACAAGGUAUUUCUGCCUGUGAAGAGCUCAGAUGUACAGCUGCCACAGCGGUUCAUUUUGAGGAAGUGGUUUAUGUGUACAAGACAACAGACUUUUAAACCGGAUGUUCAAAAUGUAGGGGUUUCCUUGAUCAGUAUGGAUAACACCAACAGAAUUUCUUCACACGUCAAGCCUUAUCUGUUUGAAUCAUGUUUGUGGGGUGGGUGGUAUAUCUGUCUAUAGUACACUUGUAAUCAUGCUCCAUCCUCCAGUGAUGGGUACAUUAUAGCCCCAUCUGUGUAGUGGUGCAGUCAGUUCUUGAGCCAUACAUUUACCCAAACCUUUCUUUGUGUGUUUUAUCUUACAUUUAACACUUCACACGUUGUUGAUAUUUGUUCUUUUUAGACUUUUUUCUUUUUGUGAACAACAAAACAACCAUGGUGCUAAGCUUUCAAAGGUCUUUAAAGUCAUUAGUUGGACUAAGGUGUCCUGCAAAUCAGGAAUUGUUUAGCUGUUGAUUCACCCUGCUGAGACCAUUUCUCUUAAAUUUAUGCACUCAAGCAGUACUCUUAUCGUCAUUGGAAAGUUUCACACUUCAGAUCAUACAUCUGCUGUUUUUCACCUGCUCUUUCCGUUUUGAGUUUAAAGUAGGUUAUUGCCAUCUAACGGCUUCAGUCAGUGUCAUAUUUAUAAAGACAGAAACGUGUCUUUUAAGACAUGUUUUUUUUCUUUUUCUUGAUGUACAGUGUAUGUAGCAAACACUACCCAAGCCAAAAGUGAAGAGUUGUGGUGAAUAUCAGUUUUUUAAAUAUAUAUUUUAGUACUCUCAUGGCAGAUGCUCAGUACCUAUUGCAAUAAGACGUUGCUGCCCUACAGCUGCACAUAAAUAACCAUCAAACAUACAAACUAUUGUCAUCUUUGUGAAACUCAUUACAGUUUAUCUCUUAAUCAGGGAGAGCACUGGUAUAAAGCAUAGCCACUGAGUGUGUUUGUAUUCAGCUCAUGCACCAGGCUUGUUGAGACUUUGUAGACGUUGCUGUUGCAGAAAACAUUGAGUCUCAAUUGGAGCUGAGAAUGCACUCAGCACCUUAAAAUAAUGUUUAAUGUUGUUCUUAGUCGAUGUUCUGCGCUGUCAUUGAUGAGGCUUAUCUAAUUCACACACUGUUCAAAUUGGUAGUUCUAUUUAUUCGUGUUUAGAUUUCUAUUUUUAAUGGUAAAAGGUUGUGCUUUGUAUAAACGGUGGCAGUCUAGUGUAUUAGGAGACCUCCCCCAUAUGUACCUUUUUUUUGUUUUGUUUACGAAUGAUGUCCUUUUUGUUUCGGUAAUUUACUUGAAUUUUAUUUUGGGGCAGUUGUGUCAUGCAUUUAAGCCUUUAUGACAGAAAUUGUUCUAAAGCAGGUAUUUUUAAAGAAUCAUUUUUAUUUUAUUUUUUGUUAUGGUAGAUUUACUGACGUCUUAGAAUCAGCCACAGGAGUAAAGUGAGCACUGUUUGCCUCCCCAGGCCCAUGAUCAUUUGUCCCUCCCCCCCCAACCUUUUUCUUUUCAGACUGAUUAGAGCAAAUUUCCAUCAUGUUUUGUCCUGAUUUUAUUCCCCCUUUCCUUCUUGCAUGUCCAAUCACUGGGAUGGAGCCCAGAUUAACUUGUGUCAAUCACCUGUCUGACAACAAGAGCAGAGUCACUCCCAACUCCUUGCAAGGAUUCUACCUCAGCUGUUUACACAGAUGUUUGGGAAUACUGAUGCAAAAAGAGAGGAUGAUAAUUUAAGUGUAGGUUGGUUUUAAUGUCCUGCAGAGCUAGUGUGUGUGCGUGUGUGUGUGUGAGUCAUGUUGGGUGUGUAUGUUAGUAAUGAAGGAUGCAAAGCACUAGUCAAAACCUUAAGUUAUCAUGACCAUCUCUCCCAGAAUCUGUUAAGAAAGCUGUAUGUUAUAUAUACACAUAUAUAAAAAUAAAUAUAUAUAUAUAUAAAUAUAUAGUAGGGUUAUUUUAAAGUAAGUGUAAAAGACAUACAAAUGAGAAAAUAUGUGAUCUUUAAAUUUACGUCUUUGUUACCAUGUACAAAUAAACCUUGAGUUUGUAAAUAUUUGUAUACAUAUUUCUAAACCUGUUUAAUUUUUCUAUGCACUUUUUUUAUUUAUAAUGUUAUUUGCUUAAUAAAGAUGUUAAGAUG